AUGUCAUCCAUAAAAAAACAACUGCAGGCUAUUAAUAAAAUUAGUUUAACACCGAAAUCGCAGAUUAUAGUUAACAAUGCGAAUGUGGCAUCGCUAAAACUAACCUUUCAGUAUGAUAAUUUUGACGGCCAUAUGGGCGCUAGGAAAUUUUGGCAUAACUACCUACCUACGCUUCAAUUCUAUAAUCCAAGGUUGCCGAUUGAAGUAACACGCAUAGUAAACAAGGAUAAGAAUAAAAGAAUCCCAUGUACAUUAAACAUUCUUGGACAUGACGGAAGAAUUGCCCAUGAAGUUGAUAUGAGAAACAAGAGAGAUGAUGAGAUCAUGGAGGAGUUACUAACAGUACUAGACCAUAAACCUGUACCAAAAGAUGAGAUCAUUCAGCACAAAGUAAAACAAUAA